AUGUGGACUAACCAAUUCACGAUUCAGAAACCACCCGCACAACAGACACUGGAGGAAAAACAUGAGCAGGCUUUAGUGACAGCGAAUGUUUUUAUUGAAAACAAUCGCAGUCUAGUGCGAAAAGCAAUGGAUCGAUACCAAAGCGUGGCGGGCAGCAAUUACUGGACUUACGGCUAUAUGGGCGGGGCCAUGAUGGCAACGAUGGCUGCUUGCCUUUCUAUUGGGGGUCGGGUUCCCUUUUUUCGCACCUAUGCGAGUUGGAUUUCGCUGGCGGGUGGUUACUUUGGCGGUAAGGCGAUGCUAGGGGCUCACAAUUCGUAUAAUUUGGCCUCUGUUGUGCGGGUCAUCAACACCUUGAUUGAUGAGACGAGGAAGAUGGAUGAACAGCACGGGUUCAGCAUUUCGGACUAUGCCCGGGAAGUAGAUUCACUGCAGCAUAUGAAGUAUGAGCUGAUGCCAUACACCACGGAGGCCAUUGAGGCACGAAAACACGAUGUGAAGAGCUUGCCACUGGAUGAAAGGGUAGAUGCACUCGUGGAGGCAUACGAGAAACGACGACGCACAGCUGGUCAGCGGAAAUGA